AACCAGCGCCGGGCCCUGGAGGUGCUGGUGACCCGCGGCGAGGCGGCCUACCGGGAGCUGCUGAGGAAGGAGCAGCUCCGUGACUUUCUCUCCAGCCGGGAGCUGCAGGCCCUGCGAGGCGGCUGGCGGGGAUACGACGACCCCCGGGAAGGUGGCAAGGUGGUGCGGGGACCCGGUGGCGAGACCCUCUCGUUGGCCUACUGGCCCCAAUGUUCGGACACGGCGGUGGCCCUCUUCACGCACCCCCGCAAGGAGGAGAGCGCGCCCCACCUGAAGGAGGUGGUGCGGGACAUGAUCCAGCAGGCACAGAAGAUUAUCGCAGUGGUCAUGGAUGUAUUUACAGACCGGGACAUCUUUCGUGAUAUUGUUGAUGCAGCAUAUAAGCGCUGGAUCCCAGUCUAUAUAAUCCUAGAUGAGGAGGGUGUGAAGCUCUUCCUGGAAAUGUGCAGAUGCCUUGACCUCAGUGACUUGCAGAUCCGGAAUAUCCGCAUACGUUCUGUGACAGGAGUUGGGUUCUACAUGCCAGCAGGGAAGAUCAGAGGCACAUUGGCAUCCCGAUUCCUGAUGGUGGAUGGUGAAAAGGUGGCCACUGGAUCAUACAGCUUUACAUGGAGUUCAUCCCACAUUGACAGAAACAUCCUGCUAGUCUUGACAGGACAGCACGUGGAGAUGUUUGAUGUUGAGUUUCGUGAGCUCUAUGCCAUCUCAGAGGAAGUUAAUUUCUACAAGGAACUGGGUAUUGCUAACCCAUUCCCUCUUGGAAUUGGGAAGCCAGGCCUUCAUUCCUCCACCGUGGCUCGGAAGUUCAUUAACCCCAAGUAUAAUUUAGUGGCAGGGGCCACUCGUGGUGAUAUGAUGCUCUGGGCUUCACGACACAGGCAGGAUCAUCAGGGGAACAUGGAAAAGGAGGAAACAAGUGAGUCAAAGAAACGGCUAAAUCAGUUUCUAAAUGACUUAGUCACAUUGGAGCAGGAGUUCCCAGAAAUUGAUCCACCUCUGGAAAACUUGAACAAGCUGAAUCGGAGCCCUCAGAAACUGUUCUCCCGGCUCCACAUGGACCUGAAAAAUAAAUCCAAAUCCAGAGAGUCUAUUCGUGAUGUGAAGAAAGAAGACGCACAGGCCAAUUCAAAGCAAGGAAAACGGUUUGCCAGUGGGCUUUUCAGUCGCAAGGCCAAACGGUCUCCAGGCUCAAGCAUUGAGGCCAAUUCUUUUGCCAGUGAAGGACAUUCAGGAGAAGACCUUGGGAACAUCAAACUGGAAUAUGAACAGCUCAGCAUUGGCCAUGCCAGUGUUCGGAGCACUGGAGGCAUCUCAGGUAACCUGGCUCCAAACUCCACUACGAGCGAUAAAAACAAACAAUCUACCUGUGUGUUGUCUUGA